GUGAGGCCAGAGGCCCCGCCCGUCUCUGCGGGUGGGGUCGGCUGCGCGCGCGUGUAUCGAGCCGGGCGUGCCGAAGCACCUCGUAGUCUGCCUGUCUCUGGGUCCCGCUGCCUACGCUGACGUCACACGCCACGCUGACGUCACACGCCACGCUGACGUCACCUUUCCCCGUGAGACACAGGAUGAGCCUUGGGCCUCUAUGUCUCGCCUGACCAGGGAGGACCGGCAGGAUGGCCUCGCCCCUCAGGAGCAAGUCCUCUGCUCCGCGAAUGGAAAGCACCCGCCACAAGGAGACGUCGACUGUCCGCGUGGAGACGUCGUCCCAGCGGGAGGAAACGUCAUCUCAACGCGUGGACACGUCCUCCCGGCAGGUUCGAAAGUCUUCGCGGCAGGUGGAGACCUCCCAGCGCCACCGAGAGAGCCCCGCCCUCUUUCCCUCCGAGAAGCGACUCCCUCGAUUCCUCGAGGUGUCCUCUCAGCACGUGGAAACCUCCUCGCAGUGCACGGAAAUGUCCUCCCGACACGUCAAGACGUCGUCAUCCCUGCGGGUGGAGACUACUGUGCAUCGCGUAGAGAGCCCAGCCCGACGGGACAAGCAAGCCACUCGCCAGAGUGCCAAAAUGGCUCGAUGAAGUGCUACCCAAAGGCCAUGGCCCAUAGCCAGGACUGAAGAGUUGCCAGACAGCCAGCUUCCAGAAGAGCCGAGCGCCUUUGGUUUCGUGGAAAAAGCCCAUAAAUCAAUAUAAGAAACAGGCUGUGGUUUCUGGGCGCUGGUAACAUUGACAUUGCAGCACCUUAAACCAUCCUGCUAUUAACUUGAAGCCAACACAGAAAGGUUUCAGACUGUAUGAGCCCAGCCGAUGGACAAAGAGGCACUCUGAGUCUCAACACCAGUUAAGUUUAAUACUCUUAGGUUCCUCUAGAAUGUCAGAACAGAAGGCUGCAAAUGAUCCUGAUUCAGCAGUAUUUCGAGCACUUCCAGGCGCUUAUUUAAUCCCAGCAAGUUUACUGGGCUAUCCCCAGAAUGAGGGCUCAGUAGUAUCUGGAAGACUGGCUGAAUGUGACUCUGGAAAAGCCAGACACCUGGCUUCAGGAUCAUUGAUGCUUCAGGAAGGGCACAGGAUCCUGGCAGAUUCUCUGUUGUCCUCGUCUCGUCCUGUAAAAGAGAUUUUUAUCUAGUUUUUGUUUUGUUUUUUUUUUUUUUUUUUUUCCUUCACAUUUCACUUGUGUUUCAGAGCUGGAAUGCAGAGAGAGAUACAUAGAGCAAGAAAGUAUCAAAAAAGUAAAAGAUGUAAUGAAAUGAGUACUUACCAUAAUACUAUAUUUCACAUUCCACAGCUUGAAAAUGACAGUGUUGAUGAAGGUAAUUGUUAAUGUACCUGUUACAUGUGUGUUAAUGUUAGCCGCACUGUGUGUCUUCCUCACAUUGUAGGAAAUAGUGCUGCUGUACUUGGCAUAUGUUAUACAAUGUUAAAAUCAAUAUGUGUAACAAUAGUGAAUGAAGAGCAAUAGUCUCCAUUUGUAGUCAAAAAAGCCUUUUAAUGGCACAGUCUAAUAAUUGGGUUUAUUAUAAUAGGUAAUAGUUGUGUCUUGCCUUCAGUUGUACCAGCUAGGUUAGUUUGAAAAACUAAAUAAAUGCAAAUUCUUAUAACAAAGUCACUUCUUAUUCCCAUAAUCUUCUUUUUUUAUUACCUGGAGGUGGUUUACAAUAUUUACUGCCUAUUUUAUUGAAAAGAAAUGGUUGAGUGUUGUGAUGCAUACCUGAAAUCCCAGGACUAGGAAGAUUGCCAAGAGUUCAAGGCCAUCUAAAAAAAAAAGUACCAGAAUGGCCAAAGCUAUAUAGCAAGAUCCUAUCUUAAAACAAACAAAAACAAAAAGCAAGGCCAGUAAGGUGGCUCAGAGUGUAAAGGUGCCUCCACCAAGACUGAUAACCUGAGUUUGAUUUCAGGGACUCACAUGAUAGAAGAAGAGAACAGACUUUCAAAAGUUGUCCUCUGACCUCUACACAUAUGCCCCCCCACUAAUAUAUGUAUAUAUAAAUAAGAAUAUAUAAUAUAAUUUACUAUAUAUUUAGUAUAAAUAUUAAACUAUUAAAUUAUAUAAACAUAACAUUAAAGUAUAUACUUUUAUAUGUAUAUAAAAUUACAUAUUAUAUGUAGCUGGUCUUUGCUACUUUGUGGGCCCUUUUUCCCACUGUUUAUCCCCCCCCCAGUUUUACCCCCUAACACUAGACAAGAGAGAGAAAGGAAAAGAUCCCUGAGUCUUCUUUCCUUUUCUUUCUUCUUCGACCACAGCUACUAGCAAACCACAACAAACCUCCCUAAAGGAUCAACAACCACCCACCUCGACUCUUGGUGGUGUGGGGGGGGAGGGGCUCACUUUUAUGUACCCUCUGAAAAGUUCCAGAAAUUCCAAACAUCACACAAUCACAGAAACUAUCUGCAGCUGGUAAAACAGUGCUUCUGCUAGAACACGUUUUCUGCAAAUCAUGGUCAGCUGCUGCAGACAGCCCAGGUCUCUACACCUGCGAUUAAAACAAAGGCACAUUCUUAUAACAUUUUUUAAAAGAAACCAAAAUUCCUGAAUUCUCAAAAGUAGAAAACACAGAGGAAGGAGCAAGGUAAUUGUUCUUCCUACCAUUGUUUUUUCAUUUUAGCUGGGAAGAGAAACUUUUACCAGAGACUUCUAAGUGUAUCUCUGACCCAAGCUGAGUCAUACUUGUUACCUUUAGCUGCAAGGGAAGCUGAGAAUCAAGUAUUUAGCUUUCUAGACUGAAUGGUGGUAGAAGAGCUGAUACUCAGACAACCAGUCUAGUGUUGUCUACAUGUUGCUUCCAAGCAUGACAGUGUCAGGUGAUCUUUAGAGUUCCUUUGGAGUUCUCAGCAGUGAUGUUGCUUCUUUGCCUUUAGCAUAACAUUGGCCAGGCUGCUGGUCAGCGCUGCUCAGGGCCCUUUCUCAUUGGUGCUAUGGAAUAGAACAUGUGAAACACAUAUUUACAGGUUAGCAAUUCUUUUCUUUUCUUUUUUUUUUUUUUUCCUCUUCCAGAACACUUAGGACAUUACUUCACUCUCUUCUGGUUUGUGUUGCUUCCAACAACAGCAACAAUGAAGCUCUAGCCUUUGCUUCUCUACACAGGUGUCCCAUGGCCUCUGUCAAGGUGUUGCUCUGUAUUGUUGGUGGAGCACUUUGUGAUAUACUUUGAUGUGUUUUAUUUCCUUUGUCUUGUAUUUGGGGGUGCUUGUAGUCUUUGAAACUUUGGCUUUAUGAUCUUCAUAAAAUUCAGAAAUUUGGGAUCCAUCAUUCCUUCAGAUGUUUUUUUCUGGCCUCUCUAUGGGCCUAAAUCAUGGGUCUAAUAGGUUACUUGACCCUUAUCUGAUGCUCUUUUGUUUUUUCCUCUCCAUAUUUCAUUGGAUAUUUUAUAUUGCACUGUUUUCAUGUUUGUAUUAACCUUUUUUUUUCUGCAAAGUCUAACCUGUCAUAAAUGCCAUCCAGUGUGGCUUUUAAAUUCUUUUUUAAAUUUCACUUAACACUUUUAAUCUUUAGUAGUUCAACUUGAAUCUUUUAAAAUAUCUACAGGAGGUGCUGUAGGAUGCAUUCUCUGAAGAGGACCAGAGUUGCUUUUUUCUGCUGUCUUCACUGUACUUCCCAUGCUUCCUGUGAACUCGCAGAAACCAUCCACACUUCACCCUUGCAGCUGCAGUCCCCUUUCCUAAGUAGCAGCCAAAUACACUGGACAAUUUUCUAUUUGAAGAAUCCAGUUUUUUUUUUAUUAUUAUUAUUUUGUUUUGUUUUUGUUUUUUAAACCUAACCUCAGAACAGCAGCACCAGCUAGUCAUCAGUUCUUAGAAGUCCGCAAUUUCUGCUCUACAGGUUACCCUUGAGUUUGUUAGCUUUGGUCAUUCCAUUCUGUGAUCUUCUAAAUUGCAUGUUCAUAGCCUUUGAUCAUUUUUCUUUUCAUUUCUUUACUUAUUUGUUUAUGGAUACUAAAUAUUUUAAGCUCAGGUUUUAUUUGCAUUGCAUACAUUCUUUUCAAAAAAUAAAAACUUAACUUUAUGUCCA